AUGGUGUCGGGGCUUCAGGUGCUGGUGUACGGGGCGGGGGGGAUGGUGGUGGCAGGGGUGGCGCUGCUGGUGGCUUUCCAGGAGAGGCUGCUGUACGUGCCGGUGCUGCCGGGGCUGAGCAAGUCCUACCCCAUGACCCCCGCUCGCCUCCGUCUCAAGUACGAGGACGUCUGGCUCCGGGCCUCCGAUGGCGUCCGGCUUCACGCCUGGUUCAUCAGGCAAUCCUCCAAGCGCUCAGGUUAGGGUUUAUCCGGCACCAACGAUCCGUCCCUGCGCCCUUGUACUCUUCGGUUUUUCCCUGGUUUUAGCUCUCUGUAAUUCGUGCCACAAGAAAUAUGAUUGCCGUUGGUAUCCCGAAGCACUGAGAUGAGAUGUUUUUGUGUUUAACUUGUGUUGUUCUGCGACCCUCCGUUUCGUGCGUUGGGUUGGGGCUUUUUGUCCGGGGCAGAUUGUUUGCUCUUUGGAUGUGGAGAAGAAGAGUUGCUGGUCAGGCUGUUGCUAUAUCCCCUGCUCUACGAGGUUAAUUCUCUGUUAAUUCUUUGAUCUUGUAAGAUCAAGGGUUGCAUAUUGCUUGUUGGAAUGGAUCAUUCAUCCGUCUAGAACAUUUGUUCACAUCCUCGAUAAAAUUCCCUAUGAAUCAGAAGUCGAGUAGUCAAAUAUCUUAUGGUUCAGACACUCUGCUACCGUUGUCCUCGCUUUCUUGGUUUGCUUGCUUGACAUCGCUUUGAUUCUGGAACUCAUAUUGUGAGUAUGAUCCGUCUAGGCUUUGACAGAUUUAGCUGAACUUAUCCAACUCCUUCAUAAGAUGCGUUUUCCCCAUUUAGUUUAUUGUUCUCAUCAUUUCUGGAGAUUUUAUUUUAUGAUAUGAUCAAUCAAGUUCUCUUCCUUGGAAACGUCUGUUCUUCGAAUAGCGCUGCUCUAGCUGAUUUUGAGGAUCAGUCUCUAUCCGUAGAGUGAUAGCGACAUAUUUAUAUUGCAGGUCCAACAAUCCUCUUCUUCCAAGAGAAUGCCGGCAGUAUCCUGGGAGAUCAUUUCCUCAGAGUUCUUGUCGGAAAUGCAUGCUCAUGUUUUUCAGUUUCUGUGGACGACCCUACCUUAACUUGCAUCUGUAGACAUUGCGCACCGUCUCGAGUACAUUCGGAUCAUGAUAGCGAAGCUUCGCUGCAAUGUGUUCAUGCUGUCCUACAGGGGGUAUGGCGAUCGCCAGUAUCUCGGCAGCAGCUUAUUCCAUUCACAUAAACCAUGUUGUUCUACUCAUCUGAAAGUUUGCUCAUUGCAUUGUAGAUAUGGUGCCAGUGACGGAUACCCAUCUCAGCCGGGCAUUACAAGAGACGCCCAGGUGUGAAGUUUUCCCAAAAUUAUCCAAAAAUGGGACAGUUCAUCAGGCCCAGUAGCUUACUUAGUGCUUCCUGGUUUAGGCAGCAUUGGACCAUCUGCUACAGAGAGCUGACAUAGAUACGUCUAGAAUUGUCGUGUUUGGGCGAUCUCUUGGUGGCGCAGUCGGAUCAGUACUUGUGCGAGACAACCCCGAUAAGGUAUUUGAUCUGAUUCAUUUUCCUGUCACAGUACCUUGAGCCGAUUUGAGCUUAGAACACAAUUUUUUUUUAGAUGAGGAAUUUUUCUUCCUAUUAUUUUUCCUUUAUUAUGGACGAAUAAAUGUUCCAACAUUAUAGUUGAUCUGUUCCUCAGCUCCACAUCUCUCUCUCUCUCUCUCUCUCUCUCUCUCUCUCUCUCUCUCUCUCUCUCUCCCCUGAAGAACUUGAUGCACCCAAACAGCAUGAAAUCAUGGUGAAGUGAUGGACUCACUUGCAGGUUUCGGCGCUGAUACUGGAGAACACAUUCACCUCUGUUCCAGACAUGGCUGCAGUCGUGUUCCCUUUCCUAAAGUGGCUUAUCGGAGGCUCUGGGUCAAAGGGUCCGAGAAUUCUGAAUUACUUUGUGAGGUCACCCUGGAGCACCAUCGACGUCAUUGGACAGGUAAGAUUCCGACAUAGCUCUACGACUUUCUGACAAGAAGAUGCAUGCUUGACUUUCUGCAUUGGGCCUUGACUAUCAUGGAUUCUUUAGUGACAAUAAAACAUCUUCUGCCAUGAUUGAAUUGUCUUGAUUAGGAAAUCAUUGGAUCAUCUUACUUGGGAUUUUGCCUAAUUUAGAAGUUUUUUGGUGCGAAACCCGGGCUGCAGAUUGAGCCGCCGAUUCUGUUCAUCUCUGGGCUGCAAGACGAGCUGGUUCCUCCUUCCCACAUGCAAAUGCUCCACGCUGAGGCGACCAGAAAGGGCCGCCAGUGCACAUUCGUUGACUUCCCGGCCGGCAGGCACAUGGACACGUGGCUCUCUGGUGGCGACAGAUACUGGGUGGUGAUCCAACUGUUCUUGAGUCAACACGCUCCUGCAGAGGGCGAGCCCGCCCUGCAGCCGGAGGAUGGCAAUGAUGACGACGGUAUGGCCAUUCCUUUGUCAUUGUCAGUCCCAAUUGCUAUGAUUCUUGACUAUACUAAUAAUAUUUAG